AAGCACAUGGCUCUCUCUCCUCUUCUCCGUAAAAUCGCGUAUUUUUUAAUUUUAUCCUAUCUUUCAUAAUUCACAUGCACCCUCUCUUCUCUUCAUUGGUUAAUUAAUCUUCCCAAUGCUCAUCAUUUGAAGUUUAUUUACUCUACCCAGGAGACUCUCUUCAGAUCUAUUUACUGUUCAUUCUUCUUCCUUCUUUCUCUGUUAAUCUCCCAGUGAUCGGAGCCGGUGAAGGUUCUUGAUCAGACCAAGAUUCUGUCUAAAUAAAAAAGUGGUGUUGAGUUAAGAGUGUUUUUGUUCUUUUUUUGAUAAAAAGAAAAAACUCUGAUCAAAUGGUCUGCGAGAUGGAGACUGAUCAGACCGAAGAGAUGGACAUCGAAGUCUUGUCAUCCAUGUGGCCAGAAGAUGUCGGAACCCAAGCAGACAACAACCAGUUCAACGUCGAGAAACCCGCGGGAGAUUCAGACACCUUAAAAGAAGUCGACAUCGCCGAGAAACGCACCAUGGCGGAUCUAAAACGCUUGCCGGAACUAAUGAACACCACUGACCAAGGCACCUCUCAGCUAACCAACCUCGUGAAACAAUGGGAGUACAUGCAAGACCACGCGGUUAAGCUACUACGAGAAGAGCUCAAAAUCCUCACGAAACAAAGAGAAGAAGCCGAAGCCAAGGAGCUUAAGAUCAUAGAAGAGCAUAACUUCGAAAGCCAAGAGCCUGAGAACGUUCCUGUUUUGGAUGAUACGAGCCAUUUGUUCCGAAGGUAUAAGCACAAGAAACGUGAUGCGUUGAUCGGUAGCAAAAGGGUUGAGAUCGACGAGGAGUUUGACACGGUUGCGUACUGGAAACAGAAGGCGUUGAGUUUGGAGAAGAUGCUUGAAGCGAGUACCGAGAGAGAGAGGAGGUUGAUUGAGAAGCUUAACGAGAGUUUGAAGACUAUGGAGAGUCACUCUGCACCGGUUGAAGAGUUGACUCAGAAUCUCAAGAGAGCUGAAGGGUUCUUGCAUUUCAUACUUCAGAAUGCACCUAUUGUUAUGGGACAUCAAGAUAAAGAUCUACGUUACUUGUUCAUCUACAACAAGUUUCCUACCUUACGAGAGCAGGACAUAUUGGGGAAGACAGACGUAGAGAUAUUUCAUGGAGGUGGAGUCAAAGAGUCUGAAUAUUUCAAGAGAGAGGUUCUUGAAAAAGGCAAAGCUUCAAAGAGAGAAAUCACAUUUGAGACAGAGUUGUUCGGAUCAAAGACAUUUUUGAUAUACGUUGAGCCUGUUUACAACAAAGCACGUGAGAAAAUCGGUAUCAACUACAUGGGAAUGGAAGUAACUGAUCAGGUGAGAAAGAGAGAAAAAAUGGCUAAACUUAGAGAAGACAAUGCAGUGAGAAAAGCAAUGGAAUCAGAGCUGAACAAGACCAUUCACAUUACAGAGGAGACAAUGAGAGCUAAGCAGAUGUUAGCUACAAUGUCACAUGAGAUAAGAUCACCGUUGUCAGGAGUAGUGGGAAUGGCUGAGAUACUUUCAACUACAAAGUUGGAUAAAGAGCAAAGACAGUUGUUGACUGUUAUGAUGUCUUCUGGUGAUUUGGUGCUUCAGUUGAUUAACGAUAUUCUUGAUCUCUCCAAGGUUGAAUCAGGUGUGAUGAGACUAGAAGCUACCAAGUUCAGACCAAGAGAAGUGGUGAAGCAUGUGCUUCAGACAGCUGCUGCAUCUCUCAAGAAAGACUUGACAUUAGAAGGAAAUAUUACAGAUGAAGUUCCAAUUGAGGUAGUUGGAGAUGUUCUAAGGAUCAGGCAGAUUCUCACCAACUUGAUCAGCAAUGCUAUCAAGUUUACACAUGAAGGAAAGGUUGGGAUCAAACUCAAAGUAAUAUCAGAACCAUCCUUUGCGAGUGGUAUGGAGCUAAACGCAGACGCUGAAGAACAAAACGGUUUGACUGAGACAGAGACUUCGGUUUGGAUCCGCUGUGACGUUUAUGAUACUGGAAUUGGAAUCCCAGGCAAGUUCAAGAUGAUCCGAACUAACCGAAGAAACCGAACCCGCAGGCCUAUAAGCUAUAGUUAUUAAAUAUUAACCAUGUCCAUGUUUUGGUGUCUUUGUGCAGAAAAAGCACUUCCUUGUUUGUUCAAGAAGUACAUGCAAGCAAGCGCUGAUCACGCUCGCAAAUACGGUGGAACUGGUCUCGGUCUCGCCAUUUGUAAACAGCUGGUUGAGUUGAUGGGAGGUCAACUUACAGUGACAAGCCAGGUCAACGCCGGUUCAACGUUCACGUUCAUAUUACCAUACAAAGUUGCAACAUCAGAUGAUCAUUCGGAUGAUCAAGAUUUCUCUGACAUGGUGGAUCAUCACCAACCAGAACCAGACGACACAACCGAAGGAUAUUUCCAGUUUAAACCGCUUCUUGGUUCUAUAUAUUCUAAUGGAGGACCGGUCAUAGGCAAUAAUAACUUCUUACCUCAUAAAGUCAUGCUCACUAGCCCUCUUAAGCUGAUCAACGGCUUUGUCGCCGAUCCUUCUAACAACACUGGACAAAGCGAGACGACUCAGGUUGAAAACAAUGGUUACAUGGAUGAAACCUGUUCUGGUCCAUGUCCCUCUAAGGAAACAGAAUCUUGUAGUAGUUCACAAGCUAGCUCAGAAGGUGGACCCUUGGAAAUGGAGUCAGAGCUUACAGUUUCAUCUCGCAGGGAAGACGAAACAACAGAGACAUCAAAGCAGCCAAAGAUUUUGCUUGUGGAAGAUAAUAAAAUCAACAUCAUGGUUGCAAAGUCUAUGAUGAAGCAGUUAGGCUAUACCUUUGAUAUUGCUAAUAAUGGAGUUGAAGCCAUAAACGCCAUUAAAGACUCCAGCUACGACUUGGUACUAAUGGAUGUGUGCAUGCCAGUUCUGGAUGGUUUAAAAGCCACAAGACUGAUACGUUCCUACGAAGAAUCUGGGAACUGGGAUGCUGCAAUAGAAGCUGGAGUAGAUAUAAAGAUAUCAGAGAAUGAACAAGCUUGUGUGCAUUCCACAAACCGGCUGCCUAUAAUAGCGAUGACGGCAAAUACAUUAGCAGAGAGCUCAGAAGAAUGUUAUGCAAAUGGUAUGGACUCUUUUAUUUCAAAACCUGUAACGUUGCAAAAACUAAAAGAGUGUCUACGACAGUAUCUGCACUGAGAUUUUCAGAGUUUUGGUAUAGAUUAAGUGUAUGUGUUGUGCAUAAAAGGUGUUAGGAAUAAAGUUUUGGAGAGCUGAGCUAUACAAAGUUAGCUUGCUCUCUUAGAGAUUGUACAGUUUAUCAAUAAAAAAGCUUGUCUUCUUUAUUUAUCUUGAUUUCGGUUGGCUGUAACCAAAGACUCCCAAUGGGAUCGUCAUGUUCCCAACGCUGCGAGUUCCAUAUAUAAAACCGGGCCUCAAGAUUAUCCCUGUAGUACAAUAUUAACCAAAACCUCAUAUAAAUAGUCAAAUCCAAAUGUAGGAUAACUAUUAUAUGGUUUGGGUUGACUUUAUGCUAAUUAUAGAAAGUAGAAAGAACCAGAAUUCGAAAAAGCUAAACCAAUGGCGCAUGUACAGAAUUCAACACGUGACUCACGUGGUUUGACAAAAACCAUCAGCGGCCUAGUUUGUGUUUCUUGGACUAGAAUUCAAAUUGGGCUUCCAUAGGCCCAUGGUUUCUCGUGUUAAACCGAGUAAGGACGACUCUACUCCUACUCCCAAACAGCAGCUUAAACAUUUCAAUGGGAGAAGAAGAGUGAGAUUUGGGAUCACAGUAAAAUCAGUCGACAGUAGCUGCUUCUCAAAUCUCAACCGAUCCGUUCUGAGAUCGAAAGGAAGCUUUGAUUAUCGUCUUUGAUGGCGAAGGAGCAAAUCUUGAGGCCUUGGUUUCUGGAUCUCGUACCGGCUUUGGUUAUCUUGCUCGCCGCAGCUCAUGUCAUCGCCUUGGGUUACUGGAUUUACAGAUUGGCGACUGAUCGUCGUGCUCAGAGUCAGAGAGGAAAGUUUCACUGAGGAAACAGUCGAGAGUAGGUUUCGUAAGCUGCAUAGUUCCAUAAACUGGCGGGGUUUGCUUCCGAUCUGAUGUUUGUGAUCAUUUUUAUUUUUGUAGCUUAUGAUGUCGUUAGGUGGAUGGAUCAUAUAUCUGUUUACUAGUUUGUUUCCACCUAUGCUUGUAGCUUCUCUCUGAAUUUUUAUGCAAUUUUUUGUUUGUUUGUUUUAAAUAGAUUUUGUAACGAUUUUCAUUGUUUUGUUUCACUACACCAUUGUAUUUUGA